AGUUCAUCUCGGAUAUCGACAACUUACUCACAACCUGUUAAUCGCAUGCUUAAAAAUUUUGUUUGUGGGACUAACAGAGAUCCCUCCUCAGAGCAGAGCUUUCACCUUUUAAUAUGCAAAUGUUAUCAGUAGCCAGGCUGACUCUCCACCCAGAAGCGGCGGCCCCUAUGACCGAGCCGUGGGAAGGCAGCGCUUUUUAAAAUUAGUUCAACUAAACCGCACGUGAACGAGGAAACGAGACGGUCAUAUCUGGCGGGGCGGGAAGAAUGACCGAUUGAGCCGAUUCCCGGGCGGCCAUCUCCGGCAUGUGGAAAGGCAGAGGUUUCAGUGGUCGCUCUGUCAGUGUUCCAGACUUGGCACUCCAGUCCAGUGAAGUGCUAACCUCUCUCAACAUCUAUGUAGAGCUGAAGGGAGGAAGUGAAGCUGAGGUGGGGCCACUGAAUGAAAACAUCCAGUUGAUCAGUAGCCUCGAUCUUUCUGACAUCUGUAGUAAUGGCAACAUGAAAUCUCUCCAUAAUGGAUGCGCAAGUGCCAAUAUCUUAUCUGUAGAUACUACGGAUUCCAGAAUGUUCGAGAAUUCAUCUCAUCCGAAAGUAGAUAAUGGCUUUCGUGACCAUAGUAGCAACAGUGGUCAGGAAAUGGGAGAGAGUAAGUUGACCCCUUCAAAAAUCAUGCAUUUCAUUUCAAAUCCUAAGAAGUAUACGAAUUGUAACUCUGACAGUCGACCACAUUCUGUGAUAUUGCUGGGAAAUUCUCCCACUUGGAAUGCCUUGUCAUCUUUCAGAAAAAUGAGUUCUUUUAAAAAACUCAAGUCCUCAGUUUUUCAAGGAAUUCAAACCAGAGGAAAUGCUGAGGUCAUAAAUGUGGAAAAUUUUGAAAAUGUGCACAAAUUUAUGCAAAACGGCCAUGGUGUGCAAAUACAGAAUAAACCUUCUUGCACAGCCACGUUGCAAGAUUUGUGUAGUUCCGGGGAGGAUUUGGCUUCAGAUGUUUCCGAAACCGAAGAUGUUGAUGAAGCUUUUUUGCGCCAUACCCACAGAUCACGGAGCAUUAGACGUGCUUAUAGGGUUGGGCGGAUAAAUUUAUUAGACUGUGAUAAAUCCCCAAUACAAGAGGGCUGUACCAAAGUUGUGUCUCUUGUGCCCCAAGCAUCCAACAUUAAUGAUUCAAUGGUAGCAAAUGGUCAAAAUCACAAAACUAUCAACAGGAGAAGCAAAAGCACAGACAAUUUAAGCUUUUUCAAGAAAAGUUCAUUUAAAAGGAAAUCAACCUCUAACCUCACAGAGAUAAAAGUGACCCGUGAAAAUGAAAGAUUACAACGCACAGCAAGUGCUUCAUCAGCAGAAGAAAAAUCUGGCAACACUGAAAGGCGAUCAAAACGCUGGAGGAGCCCAAUCAGAGCUAAAGAUUUUGACAGAAUGCUAAAAUUAGUGAGUAAUGUUGCAGAUGUUGCAAGGAGACUGGAGAGCCCAUCAAAGGAAAACUCAUCUUCAUGUGAAAGUAGAAAUGGGACUCGCUCUAAUAGCAGGCUUCAUGAUGAUUAUUCUCGAAGAGUUUCUCAGAGUGUUGACAGUGAAAGACACGGAUUUGCCUCCCCUAACUGGAACCAACCCUCUGCCUUUCCUGAAUCCCCCAACUUAUUCACUUCCACAGUCACCCUGACUACUGUUACACAGUUGGAAAAGUCAUUAUCCUCACCAGACUUUCAAACCAGCAGGUCUUCCCAAUGUUUAAACCUGGCUGUGCUAAAAUCAAAUAGUCAAUCUACUUUCUCUGCUCUUAGCCCUUCUGCCAAUGAAGUAUUCUUUGAUUCAAAUGAAUCCAAACAGACCAGUCCGUUUACGUUUGAAGCUGAGCAGUCUGCUAUUCCAGUCAGACCAACUGCUCCUAAACCUCAGAGUCCAAGCAUUGAAAAGACUAAACCCAAUAUUACAUUCAACUGUCCAAAUCAACAUAGUACUUUAUCACUUAGUUCUAUGGACAGUGAUGGGCGAACUGAAGGAACUGUCUCAAAAGCUGGAAAAUGUUCAGUAUCAUUUAAGGAUCUGGGACAAGCAGUUUGCUUUGAUGAUGGUAAUGAAGAUAGUGGAAUAAGCAGUCAUUCACAGCUUAGUCUGAAUACAACCAUUUCUGGAGUGGAAGAAAAAAAGGAGGUUUCUUCUGAAGAUCAAUGGAGGAACCAACCCCCUUCCACAGAAGACGAAAAGACAGAUGGACUAAAGGUUGGGCAAAGAAGGUGGAACUCCUGGAAAAGCAGGCAACGACAACGACCUCUUUCAGAUUAUGGUCAAUUCGCUAAUACAAAGUUUUCUAUCCCAGAGAACGGUUUGCCUAUUCAGUCUCAAAAAAUUGACACUGCAGAGAAUGAAGUCACAGUUGUUGACUCCCAACCAGAGAAAUGUGUCAGGAUUCAGCUCCACAGAGAUCCAAAAAGGAGGCCAAUCUCUGUAAUUGGUGGUGCCAGUAUCUAUGAGAAUAAUCGCUCAGAAGAAAUAGUGGAUCUUCUUACAAUACAAACAGUUGCUCGACCACCCCUUCCCUCACAUCAGGUACCACCAUACAAAGCUGUCUCUGCCAGACUUCGACCUUUCACUUUCUCCCAAAGCACACCCAUUGGCUUAGAUCGGGUUGGGCGUAGGCGGCACUUGAGAACAUCAAAUCUUUCUGCAGAUGGAAGCACAGAGUCUUCUGCACUUGCUGAUGACAAUGGCAGUGAAGAAGAUUUUGCAUAUGAGGAAAUAUGCCAGGCAAAUCCCAGAUACCUUCAACCUGGUGGAGAACAGCUUGCUAUAAAUGAGUUGAUAAGCGAUGGCCACAAUGUCUAUGCAGAAGCGUUAUGGGAUCAUGUUACAAUGGAUGAUCAGGAACUUGGAUUUAAAGCUGGAGAAGUCAUCAGAGUCCUUGAUGCCUCCAACAAGGAAUGGUGGUGGGGCAUGAUUGAAGAAAGAGAAGCCUGGUUUCCUGCUAGCUUUGUUCGACUGCGAGUUAACCAAGAAGAUGCUGCAGCUGAAUGCACUGGAAAGUUUGCAGAUGAACAACUGAAUGCCAGAUGUAGUAAACACCUACUCAAAAAUGCAGAGAAUCAGAGACAGAUGCGAACAAAUGUUAUCCAAGAGAUCAUGAACACAGAACGAGUCUACAUCAAGCAUCUGAAAGACAUCUGUGAGGGAUAUAUUCGUCAGUGUCGCAAACAUACAGGAAUGUUUGCUGAAGCGCAGUUAAGUAUUAUAUUUGGGAACAUUGAAGAUAUUUAUAAAUUCCAAAGGAGAUUUUUGAAGGACUUGGAGAAGCUAUUCAACAAAGAUGAACCUCACCUGAGUGAAAUAGGAUCCUGUUUCCUUCAGCACCAAGAAGGAUUUGGAAUAUACUCGGAAUAUUGCAACAAUCAUCCCAGUGCAUGUGUUGAACUUGCCAACCUAAUGAAACAAAGCAAAUAUCGACACUUUUUUGAGGCCUGUCGACUGCUUCAACAGAUGAUUGAUAUUGCCAUUGAUGGCUUUCUUCUUACACCAGUCCAGAAGAUCUGUAAAUAUCCACUACAGCUUGCUGAGUUGCUCAAAUACACUAACCCUGAUCACAGUGAUUAUGAAAACAUCAGAGCUGCAUAUGAAGCAAUGAAGAAUGUAGCACAUCUGAUUAAUGAACGUAAAAGACGAUUAGAAAGUAUAGACAAGAUUGCUCAAUGGCAAGUGUCCAUUGUAAACUGGGAGGGACAAGAUGUUUUAACUAGAAGUUCAGAAUUGAUUCAUUCUGGCGAGUUAAUGAAAAUCUCAUGUCAAGGAAAGAGCCAACAAAGAACAUUUUUUCUGUUUGACCAUCAGUUAUUUUUCUGUAAAAAGGACUUGUUGAGACGAGAUAUGUUGUACUACAAAGGACGUAUUAACAUGGAUGAGGUAAAAAUACUGGACAUAGAGGAUGGUAAAGACAAGGAUUUUAAUGUUAAUGUGAAAAAUGCCUUCAAAUUGAGAAAUAACGCAAUGGAGGAAGUCUACCUAUUCUGUGCCAAAAAGCCAGAAGACAAACAGAAAUGGCUCCAAGCAUGUAUAGACGAAAGAAAAAGGGUGGAAGAAGACCAAGAAAUGGGAUUUGUAAUACAUGAAAAUCAGAAGAAACAAGCAAUGUUAAAUGCCAAAAAAUCCAGGCAUGGGAAAAUGAAGAGGGUGAAUUAUAGCGGAUUUUCUGCUCCUCCUCCGCAUCAAUCUCUGCAUCCAAUCCACCAGCGACAUAUAACUGUGCCUACCAGCCUUCCUCAGCAACAAGUGUUCGUAUUGGCUGAGCCCAAACGUAAAGCUUCCCCCUUCUGGCACAGCUUUACCAAGUUGACUCCCUUUAAGAAAUGAAAAUACAAGUUACCACAAACUGAGAAAAAUUAAAUCAGUCACUGGCGUUUAAGGGUUCUGAGAAAAAUAUCCAGCUCUGAGAAGUUCAACAAUAAAGAACUAUCAAUUAUGUACAUUACACUUUAUUUCUACCCCCACCAUAGCCCAGUUGAGGCCUUUCUGACAACUGUGUCAGCCAAGCAGUGAAGAUAAUAGAACUAUGUGGCAAGCAUUCACAAAAUCCCAAGCUUCAAAAUGUACUCUGAACUCCUAGCAUACUCCAACUGAUUAUUUUACAGGUGAUGUGAAUUAUUUUCAAUAACUUUGAAAAGCAUUAUUGUUGAGAACAGUUGCCAUUAUUUUACCAUGCUGUGUCUGUUCAUUCCUUUCUGUGCAUUUGUAUUUGACCUCUUUAUUUGCCUUGCUAUUCUAUGGAAAAUAGAAAUUAAAAUUUGCAAGUACCCAGUUGAAAUGCGAAUCUAUUGUAAAAUUAUUCAAGUAAGUGUACCACAAUAAUGAGAGCUGAUGCUGGUCAGUAUAUGCACAUUUUAAGUAAGCAAAUGUUUUGAAGUCUGCAGUAUAAAAAGCACGUUGCAUAUUUUGUGGUUAGAAUUAUAAUGGAAUUCCAUAUUAAUAUGGAAAGAAAUAUAAUUUUUUUUGUAAUAGUGUCUGAUAUGUGCUUUAAAUGCAAAUGAAUGUAUAUGAAAUACUUCAUUGCAAUGAAAGUGCCAUCUUGUGCUCAAAAGGGAAACUAAAGUUUAUUUUUUCCUAUUGGAUCAGUAUUUCAACCUGUCCAGGCCUUUAAAGUUCCUUGUUUACUUGCAUUGGAAAGCACAAUAGGACUUCUUUCUCAUCUGAAUGCAGCAAAAAUUAUUGGCAGUAAUGCAGAGUUAAUCUCUUCUUACCAUUAAAAAUGAAGAUUACCAAAACAAGCAUAUGGAACUCAGUGCUUUUUGUUUUAUUUUCCUGUUUAUGGCAUGGACUAUAAGCACCAAAUCCAAACUACUGUGUCACCAAUUCUAGCUGGAAUGUUUCUUAGUGAAAACAAUAAUAACUCAUGGUUUCCAGGAAUGCCGUGCAGCCUUAGAUAAGCAUAGCAUCUUGAAAAUGUGUCAAACUUCUUGGCUGUAUUUAUUUUAAGUCUUGUCUUUAAACUCUGCUGUCUAUAGCAGCAGUCUCUUUGUUUUGCUGCUGUUGAAAAUCUUUUUUUAUGAAGGAUGUCUUAAAAUUUUUAAAUGCUCUUAGAUUUUAUUUAUAACAAAAACAUUUUGAAAGCAUGUAUCUUGAAAUUACAAAGGAAACCGGUUGUUGGGGUAAUGUUACUAGCAAACUGCAGUGCAGCUUUUAUGAACCAAAGAACAUGGUGACUAGUUAUCACUCAACAUUGCAUUACACUUUGUGAUUUUGAAAAUAUCCAGCAAAUGGAUACUUCCAAAUUAUCUGCAAUAAAUGGGUUGUUCUGUACAUAGUCAGGAUUUGUGUGUCUUGACACCUUUAUUGAGACUGGUUUUCCUCUUACGAUGUUACCACCUAAUAUGUGAUAUCUGGUAUGUACUGUUAAAUUUCCACGCAGUCCUCUGAUGAGAAGACCACUUCAAAACCAUGUAAUUGACUGCUGUACAAUAUUAGUAUUUUGAGCAUAAAUGUACAUAACUAAUGUAACUUUUUUUUUGUAGAUUAGUUUUUAUGUUGCAGUGAGUGAUUUAUCUGCAGUUAAUGUAAUAAAACAAUUGCUUAAAAAGUCAUUUAUUUUGGUGAAAUAAAUAUGAUUUUCUUGUUCCAUA